CUUCUCCGUGCUAAAUUUAACGUUUUGGAACACUUUUUGCGAGAGUCAGAAGAGUUAAGUGGAUGAAUAAGCCAGACGCCGAAGGAGAGAGUUAACCCCGAAAUACAGCAGAUAUACCUGGCCGAGUCACACUCAUAUUACCAUUUGAUUUCUGCUUUUCUCUUGCAUCAUAACAAGUAACAUACAGAAUAAGUAAUCCUAAGGAAUCGCUCGUUAUCGGACAUCAGCGCCAUGAAAACGGGGGACACGGAAAGUGGGGAAAGUCCUCCUGCUCAGAAGACGAAGGCCACCAUUGCUGACCUCAAAGCGAUCUGUGGCAAAGCACAAGUCCCGACCUGGGACUACACGAUCAUAUUGGAUGGACUAAUUCUGGGUGGAGUAACGACAGUGAAGCAGACCAAAGUACUGAAAUCGUUGGGAGUGAGUCACAUCUUAAAUGCGGCGUACGAUGCAACCGGAAAAGGCAAUUUCAUCUACGUUCAGACCAACGAGGAAUACUUUCAGGUUCGAAAGUUCGACGUGGUCUACAAGGGGAUCCGAGCUCCUGAUACAAUGCGAUUUAAAAUUAUGAAGCAUUUUGACGAAGCUAUUGAAUUUAUUCACAAUGGGAUCAGUUCUGGAGGAAUUGUUUACGUCCACUGUUACAUGGGAAUUAGCCGAUCUGCAAUGUUCGUCCUCGUGUAUCUCAUGACGAAACAGAACAUGAGCGCCGUGGAGGCUGUCAAGUUUGUUCGGAGCAAGCGCGAAAUCGCACCUAACGAAGGCUUUUUACAACAAUUGUUGGACUGGGAGGACACGUUGGAGGAGCGACGUAAAAACGUCUCGAAAGCUUCUACGUCGGAGUCAAAUAACGCUGACGGGGAGACGCCUGGAUGAAAGACGUAACCUAAUUUUUUGUCAUUAUCUGUGAUCUCAUGAUUUGUAACAUCGCCAUCCAUCCACUCGCCUAAGAAUUAAUAUAAAAACUUAUUGCUAGUCUACUUUGUUCGCAAAUAUUAAUAAAAAACUUGUAUUACGCACAAGA